CGGCUGAGGCCUUAGCCAGGUGUCAGGAUGCAGCGCCCUGGGCCCUUCAGCACCCUCUACGGGCGGGUCCUAGCCCCACUGCCCGGGCGGGCUGGGGGCGCGGCAUCUGGAGGAGGCGGGAACACUUGGGGCGUGCCGGCCUCCCAUGUGCAGCCGCCUGGGUGCGCUCAGCCAGGGAUACUCGGCGCGGGACAAGCAAGCACUCACGGUGUGGAAGCCAGCAGCGUCUUCCCGGCCCCCUCCACGAUGUCCAAGGCCGAGGAGGCCAAGAAGCUUGCGGGCCGUGCGGCGGUGGAGAAUCACGUGCGGAAUAAUCAAGUGCUGGGAAUUGGAAGUGGUUCUACAAUUGUCCAUGCCGUGCAGCGAAUAGCUGAAAGAGUGAAGCAGGAGAAUCUGAACCUCGUCUGUGUUCCCACUUCCUUCCAGGCCCGCCAGCUCAUCCUGCAGCACGGCCUGACGCUCAGCGACCUGGACCGGCACCCAGAGAUUGACCUUGCCAUCGAUGGUGCUGAUGAAGUGGAUGCCGAUCUCAAUCUUAUCAAGGGUGGUGGCGGCUGCUUGACCCAGGAGAAGAUUGUGGCGGGCUACGCCAGUCGCUUCAUCGUGGUUGCUGACUUCAGGAAAGAUUCAAAGAACCUUGGGGAUCAGUGGCACAAGGGAAUUCCCAUUGAGGUCAUCCCCAUGGCUUAUGUUCCAGUGAGCCGAGCUGUGACUCAGAGGUUUGGGGGCGUGGCUGAACUUCGCAUGGCCGUCAACAAAGCAGGCCCCGUGGUGACGGAUAACGGGAACUUUAUCCUGGACUGGAAGUUUGACCGGGUGCACAAAUGGAGUGAAGUGAACACCGCUAUCAAAAUGAUCCCAGGUGUGGUGGACACGGGCCUGUUCAUCAACAUGGCUGAGAGAGUCUACUUCGGGAUGCAGGAUGGCUCCGUGCACAUGAGGGAGAAGCCUUUCUGUUGACCCUGCCAGGAGCGCAGCGUGUUCACCUCGCGCCCCAGCCCCAGCCCGCAGCCAGGUGGACGCGCCUCCGCAGGAGCCUUUGCCUUAACGUACCCGUGCCAGGGGCAGCCGGUGGGGUUCAAUCAGUCUUCUUGUAUUGUUAUUAAAUGUUUUUUUAAAAAGAGAAAUAUGAACAUAUAUUUUUACUAUUAAAAGUACUCAGUUUUUAAAAUAAAGUACAACUUGAAUUCAUGGUUUAUAUAAAACAUUUGCCAAAAAGGGGGUGGGGCCUGUCUUUUAAAUGUUUAACUUGAGCCUGCUGGUUAAACUUCUGAAUACUGUUUGCUGAGGGUUGUAAACCGAAAUUUUUCUGUAACAUGAGAAGAAGGGCCAGCCAGCGAUGCCCCUGCCUGCCCGGAGCGCGGCGCUGCUUCCCGCCACACUCCUCCUCGGGUCCGAGUUGUGCCGUGUCACGCACAGUGCCUCGUCACACUUCUGACUGCGGUGUGCGUGACCCCGCGUGCACUGCCGGGGACGCGUGCUGGCCUCCUGUGAAGGUCGGGUUCCUUCGGAGCCCUGCUGUGGGAAGCACUUGGCCCGGAGCACGUGCUAGUACUGCUGUGAAAUGUGAGGCUCUUGUAAACGAUUGUCUGUUUGUUACUGUUUUAUUUGUUCUUUUAUAAUUACCUGCAUGGCUCAGCAUCAGAAGUCUCACCUCUUUAUAUUGUGUGAGGGUUGAAAUAAAACA